AUGUACGAGGAUGAGCGUCGGUUCUUAUUUCACUUGGCUAAACUCCAUUAUGAAAAGGGAAAACUUGACGAAAUCAUUCUUCCCAGCAUAUGGGAACAAAUGAAGCCAAAUUCGUUGCAAACAUUCUGCAAAAUUGCUUAUCAAUGUCUGAAAAAGAAACGCCGCAAUCGUCCAAAGAUGUUGUUGUUCAUCGAACAACUACAAAUCUCGUUGGAUUUUCAAAUUGGUUAUUUGAGAAUGACAAAGUUGAGCGGAUCGAACACAGGUGGAUAUUCAUGGUCGUUGCUCCUUGAUAACAAUCAAAAGCUAAGGAAGAUAACCAUAGAUCACUAUGAUUGUAUUUUUUCUGUUAGAUUUACAACCGAAGAUCUUAGUGGCUCGUUACAUUCUACUCAACGGUAUGGAGGUGACAAUGGCCUCAGCCCUAGCAAAAUUAUCGAGGUUUACUUUGAUGCUGAUGAAGAAAUAACUGGGAUAGGAAUUGGAGUAACUAGUGAAAUUGGAGGACUUGUAUUGAUUGCAUCGAUCUAUAUUAUGACAAACAAAAAUGGGCAUGGGCCUUUUGGAAAAGAGCCAGUGAGCUUUUUUUCAGAAUUUUGGGAUGCAGGGUCGUUUGCGGGGUUUUAUGGUCGUGCUGGUCAUUUUUUGGAUGGAUUCGGUUGUUAUCUAAGGCUACCGUGUGAAGGCCUUCUUUUAUUUGAAAUAACAGUCUAUAGUAUAGAAAUCUCAUUAAAUCUGAACCUACUAGUUUACAUCGAUGGUCUUCAAAUUUGA